AUGGAGUCGGGGAGGAAAAAACAGUUUAGAUUUUCGGAGCAAGAUGACAUUAAACUUUUGAGAGAGGUCAUCAGCAGGAAUCCCUUCAAAGAUAGAGCAAAAUGGGCAGAGAUUUCUUCAGUUCUUCCCCUGAAUAUUGACGCAAGGAGGGUUCGGGAAAGGACUGUCCUUCUCAUAGAACAAAGGAAGAAGUUCAACAGUUGUUCUCUCAAAAAAUCUGGUGUAGAUGAAACGUAUGGAGAAAAAGAAAUUCUUUUGGACGAAAUAAUCGAGUUAGCAAACGAAGAAGAAGAGAAAAAACGGAAAGAUAAAUCAAAGGCUGUUAAAGAGGAGACCCUGUGCAAAGAUCUUAGAAAACGUGCACUAGAGAACCUGACACCAUCCAAAAGUGACGAGGACCAGCGAAAUAGCGGUAAAUUGCCUAGAAAAAGUUCAAGUGUGAUAUCAUUCUUGAAAGAAAAAACAGAAACUGAAAAACAAUCCCGAGAUGAGGAAUUGUCACUUCGUCGAGAGCAGCUAAAUUUGGAAAAGGAGAGAUUCGAGCUGGAAAAAAAGGAAAGGCUCCAAAGACUGGAGGCUGAAAAGCAGCAGACGAAAAUGAUGUUAGAACUUUUUUCAAAAUGUUUAAAUAAAUAAAUGGAAU